CUCAUUUGAUUGAAAGUCAUAGCACACUUAUUACUGUUAAUUGAGGAUUUUUUAUCUCGUUUUUCCAUUUUCUCCUCUAACUGAUACGAAGGAAAAGGGAGGAUUUGAACGUGAACCAUUGCAAUAAAAGGAAAACUGGUUAUGCUAAAAUUAGAUUGUGGCAGAAGUCGAGCAGAGACGCUAUUUCCAUGCACAGCAAAUGCCUUAAAAGUACUUUAAAUAUUUCACAAUUUCCAUUCCCUGACACAACAAAAAAAGCCCUCCCCUUCCCGUAUCUCUCCUCUUGCGUUGCUUUCCUCCAAGAGAAGAGACCAUGGAGAUCAACCAUUUCAAUAUCCUAGGCCUCAUGAUCUCCCUCUCCUGUCUCUUCUCCUUCUCUGCUUCUACCUCUGCCCCUUCACCCCUUUCCAGUGAUAUAUCGGUCCCGUUUGGAUCACCAGCUUCCGCUCCAUCUUCAUUCGAUGUACAGUACUCUUUCAGCUUUCCUGAACCUGAAGGGGAAAAGCCUGGUCAAACAUUUUCUAUAUUACCUGGUAACAUCGAUCCUACCCUUCAGCGAAUCUGUGGAGACACUGACCACCCCAUCGAAUGUCUAAUCACAACUGUUCCAUUCCUGGGUGAAAUAGUUGCUAUAGAACCUGUGUCUAUCCUCAAAGUCGGGAUUGAAGCAAUGAAUAACAAGACCAAGGAAGCGUUGGCCAAGGCUACGAGGCUCGUUCAGGAUCCGUCUACCCCAAAACACGUCGCUUCCUGCCUUGAAACAUGCAUCGACAGCUACAACGCCAUUCUCGACAGCGAUCAGAAAGUCCUUGAUGCCAUUUCUAUUCGCGACCUUUACCAGUUGAGCAUGGAGCUAAGCUCCAAUGUGGAGAAUGUACACGCCUGUGAGGAUGCUUUCGAAGAAGCCGACAUUGAGUCGCCAAUAAAGGAGAUGGAUUUAUUGCUUGGAAAGAUGAUUAGCAACAGUUUGGCCAUUGGUGUCGACUUGGUCCACUUUUAGAGGAACAAUUAAAAAGGUCUAAAAUCAAACGAAAUUAAGUCAAAAAAUUAUUGUGUUUUAGUGACAAAAAAAGGUAUCUUAUAUAUAAUUUUUUAAGAAAAAAGUAUCUUAUAAUUUGAUUCGUCGUUCAUUGUGAAGCAGAGACCUUUUGCGGCAAAAAAUAAGAAACUUUGUUACCAUUUCUUAUCGUUAAU